UGCAUAUUUUUUUUUCUACAGUUCUGAUAUUCUGACACAAUAAUUCAAAUCAGUAGCUGCAAACUCUCUGCAAAUUAUCAGAGAGAUUGCAAAGGUAUGACAGUUUUAUUAUUAUAUGGUUUGCUCUGUUUUAUUUUAAGCAAUUCAAAAUUCAUCUGUCUUCUGUUCCAAAUAAGUACAAAUAAAAGACAAAAAAAAAAAUACAAAAAAAAAACAACAGUGGAUUAUUCUUAGAAAACAAUUUCUUGUCUGGUGUGCUGUUUUUAAACACAACAAAAUUAUAGUCAUUUUUGGUUUUAGGGUUUUUUUUUUUGUUUAGAUGAAUGAAACAUAGAAAAUACCUUUUCUGUGCUUUUACAUGAGUCAUCUCUCAGUGGGGGCAGUAGUGGCCUGGGUCCUAGAGCCGGAUGGUCAGAGACCAGGAUUCAAAUCCUUCCAUUACCAGGGAUAAUCGGAGGACUGGGAUGUGGGUCGGGUGUGUCAGGAAGGGCAUCCGGUGUGAAAUGUUUGCCACUGCAGUACCGUGGCAAUCCUGUGGAUAAAGGGGCCAAAAGGACAACAACAUGAUUCAUCUGUCAAACCUCAGAAAGUAAAAUUAAAACCAAGAAGAAAUUAAAACCAAUCACUAGCAACAUACAACUGAAGCUUCAAAUCCUGUAAUGAUUCUAAUUCAAUACAAAUGUUGUUCUUGUGGCAACCAUUUCUGAAAGCCUAUGAUUAUUACUAAUCAAUAUCAAGAAAAUAUAAUUAGUUAUAGUGUGAUAAAAGUUUGAUUGUAUUAUUCAGUCUCUGUCUUUGCAGUUUUUGCUCUCUUGAGUUGUGUGCCAUCAUGGUGAGAGAAAGCCAAAUUGGUGUGUCUCAAUUCUGACCCACAUUUAGUUUUAUUAGCUUUGAUAACAUCAAAAAAUAUCCUAACAGUUGGAUAAGUUUCUGAACUGGAGAAAACCCAUGCAUUUCAGCGAAAGAAAGCAGCAAAAGAAGAAGUUGAUGUCAGUGAACAGUUUAUGCUUGCUUCAAUUCCAAAUCAAUUUUCGGGCACACAUUGUGGAUUUACACAAUCACUCUUGAGUGGUCGGUUAUCCUAUCACAUAUUUUACGGUUUUGGACCGUUGGAGAUAGCUGCAGAAAAAUGCUUAUGCAUGUAAAGUUUACACAGAAACACACAAAACGUUUUUUUAAUAAGAUGGCUUUUGUGAAUAAAUGUAAAACUAUAACAAACAGUCACACAGUCCUUAUCAUACAAUUCAAAUAUCCUUAAGUUCCUGACAAGAUACUGAUUUGCUGUUAAAAUGGGGAAAUAUGUUGAUGAAGAGAAAAAGGUUUGGCUUGAAUUCUUUGUUGUUUAACACACUUCCUUUAUUUAAAUAUCAGGUGGCAAAAGAGAUCAUUUACAACACUUAAAAUAACAGAAGAUUGAUAUUUUCAACCCUAUCAUAGACAGAAAAUACAUGUUUUACUUGAUAAAAGGCCAUUAAAGUCAAAGUAAAUAAGAUGUGUUGCGUUAGUGUCGACACUGACUUCCCUUUUCUGAAGAAAGCAAGCCGGAACAACAAUUUAGCAUCAACAAACUUCCUGGAGAACUUAAAAUAACAGGUGGUAAAAAAAAUCCCAGCUUAAACAGAUACGGGUCAGUGCAGUGAAGCCAGGCUGUGGACAAGGCAGCGCAGUAAACUGUAUCCUGUGGAGAAACCAUUUUAAUAUUUCGACAUGUUUCUUCUUGCCUGGGCAAUCAUGUUUUUAUCAGGUGCAUUCGGUUCAGAGGAAAAGUCCUGUGAGAAGGGCGACUUCUGCAUUACUCUUAUCAAAGAAGUAAGAGGAGAGGCUGGACUCUGUGUUGUGAUACCAUGUUCUUACGAAACCGAUGAACAAUUUACACCCAGACAUAUGGUUUGGUAUAAAACCAAAGAUCAGAAAGAGUCACGUGUAUUUAACUCUGACAACGAUAAAGAUACCGAAGCUGGGUUUAAAGGAAGAGUGUCGUUGUUGGAGCCUGAUGUGAGUCAAAGGAACUGUAGCAUCAUGAUCAAUGAUCUCACUGAGUCGGAUUCUGGAAACUAUCACUUCAGAGUGAAAGGGAAUAUGAAUGGAAAAUCUGAUGGAUUUUCAUACCGCAAAACAACUGACGUUUCUGUCUCAGGUCUGAGCCAAAAGCCCUCAGUGAUGAUUCCUCCACUGACUGAGGGACAGCAGGUCACUCUGACCUGCACUGCUCCUGGUCUCUGCUCUGGGUCUCCUCCUAACAUCACCUGGAUGUGGAGAGGAAAAGGAGAGAAAGACUCUCACAUCAUAGGAAACACAACUGCUUUAAAAACUGAGAAUCUGACUGCUUUCACACAGAGACACGUCUCAACUCUGACCUUUAACUAUUCAGCUGAUCACCACAACACCAGUAUAACCUGUAAGGUCAGCUUCACAGGCGGCAUAACUACAGAAGAGACUGUGACUCUGAAUGUGACAUAUUUAAGAAAACCUCAGAUUUCUGGCAGAGCAACAGUUAGAGAGGGAGAUGAUCUGAAUCUGACCUGCAGUGUAGACAGUUUUCCUCCCACUGUUAUUGGCUGGAGUAAAUCUACAAAACAAGCUGAACACCAGAGCCACAAUCUAACCAAAGUGCAUGGCCGCCAUGAAAUCUGUCAUCAGGACACGAGUACAAUUUUCUUGUUUUCCAUCACUAAUGUGACAGCAAAAGAUGCUGGACUUUACAUCUGCACAGCAAAAUACCCGAACUACACUCUGAGAGAAGAAAUUAAUGUAACAGUGAAAUAUGUUAGAAAACCUCAGAUCUCUGGCAGAACGACAGUCAUGGAGGGAGACGAUCUGAAUCUGACCUGCAGUGUGGACAGUGUUCCUCCAUCAGUUAUUAAAUGGACUAAAUCUGGAGCAAAAGCACAUUGCCAGGACAAUAUUUUCAGCAAAGUCGAUAACAGCACAGUCGUCUACCUGCAGGAAAGUGCACAUGUCUCUUUUUCAGUCAUGAAUGUAACCGUAGAAGAUGCUGGACGUUACAUGUGUACAGCGACUUAUCAGGAUGACAGCAUGACAGAAGAAAUUCAUGUUAAAGUGAACUAUGUUAGAAAACCUCAGAUCUCUGGCAGAACGACAGUAAAGGAGGGAGACGAUCUGAAUCUGACCUGCAGUGUGGACAGUGUUCCUCCAUCAGUUAUUAAAUGGACUAAAUCUGGAACAGAAACCAACUGGCAGGACAAUAUUCUAAGUAAAGCAGAUAACAGCACAGUAAUCUAUGGACAGGAAAGCAGUGGACAUGUCUCUUUGUCCAUCAUGAAUGUAACAGCAGAAGGAGCUGGACGUUACAUUUGUACAGCAACAUAUCAGAAUGACAGCAUGACAGAAGGAAUUCAUGUUAACGUGAACUACCUCAGAAAACCUCGGAUCUCUGGUAGAACAACAGUAAAGGAGGGAGACGAUCUGAAUCUGACCUGCAGUGUGGACAGUGUUCCUCCAUCAGUUAUUAAAUGGACUAAAUCUGGAACAGAAACCAACUGGCAGCCCAGCAAUUCAUCUAGUGCUUUCAACAUCACUGAAAACACCAUGAAGGCGAAAGAUGGCAAUGGUUCUUUGUCCGACACUAAUGUGGCAGCAGAAGAUUCAAGGGUUUACAUCUGUACUUCAAAAAAUUUGACCAAGAAUCUAACAGAACAAAUCAAAGUAACAGUAACAAAUGAUUUCAAAAAUGCAACAGUGAAGGAAGGAGGUCUGAAUCUGUACUGCAGUGUGGACAGUUUUCCAUGGACUAAAAACGGAAUAGAAACCAAUCUAAAAAUAGAUACUUUAAGUAAAGCAUUUACUGCAGUCUAUGUGCUGUAUGAACUGGCAGAGGUCUCUUCUCCCAUCACGAAUGAAACAACGGAAGAUGCAGAGCGCUAUGUUUGUACAGCAACAUAUCAGAAAAGUACCAUGGAAGAAAAAAUCCAUAUAGUGACAAGCAUAGGAAAACCUCAGAUCUCUGGCAAGACAACAGCUGAGGAAGAUGCUCUGAAUCUGACCUGCACUGUUGACAGUUUUUCCUCUUCAGUUAUCAACUUGACCAUAUUUGAAAAAAGCAACCUGCAGACUAAUAUUUCAAGUAAACUGCAAAACAGCAGUGAAAAUCUCAAGCAGGAACAAAGUGGCACUUUGUUCAUCAAUAGAGUUACAGCAGAACAUGCAGGCCUUUACACCUGCACAGCAAGUCUCCCGAACAUAAAUGAAACAGAAAGAAUUAAUUUAACAGUUACAUACAGAAGGAGGCCUCAGAUCACUGGAAACCAAAUGAUAAAGGAAGGAGAUGCUCUGAAUCUGACCUGCAGUGUUGAUAGUGUUCCUCCAUCACUCAUCAUGUGGUCUAAAAAUUCACUCAGCAUGCAUCCAAGCAACAGAACUAGCUCCCCCAACAACACUGGAUCUGCUACUCUUGUCGUUUUCAACGUGACAGUAGGAGAUUCUGGACGAUACAUCUGUGCAGCAACACACGAGAACAUAACUGAGACUAAAUAUGUAGACGUAAAAGUGACUUGGGCUCCAAAGGUACUGAAUGGUUCUGAAUGUGUGCUUCGGUCGGACGUUUUGACCUGUGUGUGUCUUAGUGAGGGAUUUCCUCUACCUACCAUCCAAUGGCCGUUACUGAAAGGCCACACUGAGUACUCCAUCACCAGAGUGGUGUCAAACCACACUGUCAACAGCACCGUUACCAUAACUGUUGAAAACCAUGGUAACAUCAGUGUUGAAUGUGUUAGCAGCAAUGGAAAUGGGGAAGCAAAAGAGAACCUCACAGUCCUCUGGACAAAAGGAGAAGUACGGACAGAUGGCUGUGUAAUAAGCAAGCAAAACCCUAAUUCAGAAAAAAGUUCCAUGCUGGAAAUCAUCCUUGCCUUUUUGGUUGGGUUCCUUCUUGCACCUAUCAUCUUCUGUUUGUUCAUGAAAUUCUACAGAAUAAAACGGAAGAACUCUGAAAAUGCGGGUGAAUCUCUGGAGAUGAUUACGCCACUGAUGUCGAAUGGUCAAGCUUUGGCAGGAGCUCCUGAAGCUACCAACGGUCCAAAGGAAUUGGUGUAUGCCAACAUUGACUUUUCCCUCCUAAACCGGAUUCCCACAAAACGGAUAAGAAGUUCAAAAAACAAAAACACGGAAUAUGCAGAAAUCAAGACAAACAAGGAAAAAGGUCAUCAAGUGGAGAUGAUGAUUGAGGAGGAUGGCGAGACGAAAAACUGCGUCCAAGAAGUGAAAGAAGAGGCUGAGGAACCAGUGUACGCAAAAGUGGAGGAACCAGUGUACGCAAAAGUGGAGGAUUUAGUUGAGGAGAGUUGAAGAUUGAUUGUGAGACCAGACGUCCAAGACAAAAUCACUGAAAGCCCCUAAAGCUCAAGAAUCCAAUAUGGAUGCCAUGAGUAUAAAAUACAGUAAGAGCUAAAUAUUAA